ACAGUAAUGCUGCCUGCCGUAGUGAAGCUCUGCUGUGGAAUCUCCUACCCUCACCUCAGGACCAUGGCAGGACUGCAACGGCCAGCUAUCGCAGCGAUCGGCCAGGAACUUGCUCACAUGCAGAGGAGUGGGCAGACCCAACUACCAGCAUGGACCAACCAUACGGGUUGGCAGACUGGCACCGCUCAGCAUCAGCACAGUGAGAGCUCCAGAAGAGAGAUAGCCAACCCAGUCCCAUUGAAAGAGGAUGAGCUGCUGUACAUAAGGCGAGGCCACGAGGCGCUGACCAAGGCUCUGGACAUUGUGGAGGAUAAGGACGGAUGGGCAACAGAACUCACAGAGGAGAACGGGGUUGUGGUCUACAGUAAAGUGUUGCCGGGGGACAGGAAGGUCUUCAGACUGGAGACUGUGUUAGAAGCCACCCCAGAAGAGAUACAUCACAUCCUGUGGAAGGUCGAGGAGAUGCACCAGUGGAACCCAAGCAUCAAAAACAUCAAGGUUCUAAAGCAAGCUGGCCCGGAAACCAUGGUUACGCAUGAGGUGUCAGCAGAGACAGCCGGCAACCUGAUAGGCCAGAGAGACUUCCUGAGUGUGAGACACUUCUCCAGACAGGAGUCAUGUAUCUAUCUGGGGGGAGCAGCCACGCACCUGGAGUCCUUCCCUCCUCAGAAAGGCUUCGUCAGAGCGGAGGAUGGUCCAACUUGUAUUAUCAUCGAGCCCCUGGCAAACCAAACAGGAAGGAGUCACUUUACCUGGCUCCUCAACAUGGAUGUUAAGGGCUGGUUGCCAAAGUCAAUCGUCAAUCAAGCGUUGCCGCGAGCGCAGGUGGAUUUCACCCGGUAUCUGCGCAGACGGCUGGCCGAGGGACCCACUCAGCGACACACACACCACCAUGCUCCCACAGAGUCCGGAGCCAGACAACCACCACACUAAUUGGA